UCUCUCUGACCUGUCUGUCUGUCUGCCCCCCCUCUCUCGGACCUGUCUCUCUCUCUGUCUCAGCUGAGUAGUAGUUGGUGGAUGAUGGACCAAUCACUGCCUGGUGGGUGUGGUCAUGUGAGCGUGCUCAGUUGUUUCCCACCCUCUGUGGGCAGAGAUGUUGCCGUCGCUGUGGUGAAGCCCCUGGGUGUCUGCCUGGGAAACCCUGACACCCAAAGCCUGCUGCAGACAGACAGACAGGUCUGUCAACACUGUUCGUGUUGUGGGCAAAAUAACAGAAACACCUGUCUGCUUUUAACCUUUUGGUUCCUGAGACUUUCUGUCUGUUCUCAGGUGAAGUGGACGAUGGAGGUGUUGUGUUACGGUUUGACUCUCCCAUUGGACGGAGACACGGUCAAACUCUGCGUGGAUGUCUACACUGAUUGGCUGAUGGCCCUGGUUUACCAGAGAGACUCCAUCCCUCCACCAAUCAGCCGAGAGCCCAACCUGUACAUCCAGAAGAUCCUCCAACACCUGGACAGCCUCUUCAUGCCCAGGUCAGACCGGUUAAGUCCGGUCUACCUGUCUCUCUGUCAGCAGGUGUUGUGUGCCGUUCAGUCAUUGGCCAGAGAAAGUCAUGUGAUGAACAGAGACACCUGGGAGACUCUGCUGCAUUUCCUGCUCCGCAUCAACCACGCCAUGCUAGUUUCACCCACCUCUACAGGGGGUGUAUCAGAGCAGCUGUCUGUCCUCUCUGUGGUGGUCCUGUUUGAGGUCUGGUUGCUGUCUUGCUCUCGCUGUUUCCCGUCUCGCUCUCUGUGGUUGAAAGCGCGACAGAUGUUGAGCAGCUGGAGACGAGAACCUGUAGUGACAGAGCAGUGGAGCCGAGUCAUUGCCGCGUUGACGUCCAGGUUGUUGUCGGUGACCUUCGGUCCUGCCUUCCCUCACUUUAAAGUUCCGGCUGAAGACGCCGUUCUGAUCCCUGCAGACCUUGAUGACCAACGAGUCUCUCACACCUGGUUCAGAUUCCUGCACCUGCUCAGUAACCCAGUGGACCUGAGCCGCCAGAGUCCAUCGACCUGGGACGAGGCAUCAAAAGCAGAUAACCAGCUACCAAAUAUCUUCUUCAGAGCUAUGAGAGCAAUCAGCACACUGGUCGACGCCUUCCUGGGUGUGACUGUGAUUGACAAAAAACCAACAGAGCAGCUGAUGACACACACAGGACUAACAACAAGGACUCAUUUCAGAGACCGGCUGCCUUCUCUUGGUGUAGCCGUUACCAGGAGUCCAUUCAAAGACCGCCUCCCUUCCUAUGGUCUCUCUCGACCUCGUUCUGGAAGUGCCCCACCCACCCCGGGAAACAUAGGCCUCCUGAGUGUGCCCAGUGCCCCUCCCUCCACCAACUCUCCCCCUCCACACAACAGACGCCUCAAACCUGCAAACGUUACCAAGGCAACCAGCAAAGCUCCUGUGAUGUCGUCCCCACCCCGUCCUCCCCCCUCCUCUCCCCCUCGACCGUCUGCCUCGCCCCUCAGGUGUAAGGUGGACUCCCUCCUCCACCUGUUUGGCUACUGGCUGUUUGAUGCUGCUCUGCCCCCUCGCUGUGAUGUCACUGUGAUGUCAGACAGGUGGGCAGCUGGUCGAGCCGAGGCCUGCGGGACGCUCUGCAGGAUGUUCACCUGUAAGAAAACUGCAGAGGACAUCCUGCCUGCCUACCUUUCCAGGUUUUACCUGGUUCUCCUUCAAGUUCUCCAGGUGUUGGAGGAGACCCGUCCUCCUGUUCUUGCCUCCAUUCUGCUGAACUCCACCUGUCUGUUCUCAUGUGACCUGAGAGGAGUCAACCUUCUGCUCCCCACCUUCACCUCUGCUGUGGAGAAUGUGCUGCUAGACAGAGACUUGUUGAGGUUUAAGAGUUUUGUGAGUGUGGUGGAUCUGAGGCGAGCCUCCAUCCUGAUACUGCUGUCUCUGCUGCCCCUCCCACUUCAGUUUCCCUCCAUCCAAUCAGAGGUGUUUUUAGACAGGAAGUCCAGUGGUGAUGAUGUCACAGCAGGUAACUUCCUGUCUCUGAAGCCUCGCCUCAUCAGUGUUCUGAUUGGAGCUCUGCACACCGAGUCUGACGCCACCAACACACAGAUCAUCCUGGGGGUCAUGUUGAACCUGGUUCAGGACUUGGCUCUGUUGGAGGCUGCAGGACAAAUCCAGCAGGAUACAGAAUCUCGUUGUGGACCGAGCAGACCCAGAAGGACCAGAGGAACCAGUGGAACCAACACGGCAUCAACGCUGUGGGUUCAGUUUGUCCGUCUGUUGACUCAGCGUCUGACGGCUCAGUGGAGGAAUGACUCAGCAGUAUGUCUGUGUGCACUGGAAAUACUGGGAGGACUGGCCAAGGUACAGGUGAGUGUGGAUGUCGCUGAGAGGAGGCGGGCCAUGUCUUCAGUCUGCACCUACAUCGUGUUUCAGUGCAAUCGUCCUCCUCCACUUCACUCCAGAGACCUGCAUUCGAUCAUUGUUGCUGCUUUCUAUUGUCUCAACGUGUGGGUAACUCAGCACGUCGACCUGUUGCACCAACAGGAAUGUUUAUUGGAGGUCCUGGAGAUUGUUGAAUUGGGGAUCUCGGGCAGGAAGUCCAGAGAGGAACAGGAAGUGAGGUGUAAAGAUGUGAAAGAACUGAACCCUGCCUCUCUGAGGGUGAAGGAGGCGGCUGAGGCUACACUGAGCUGUGUGAUGCAGGUCUCGGGAGCCUUCCCGGUCCCGCUUCAGGAUGAGGAUUCUCUGGUUGGCUCUCUCGGUGUGAAGAAGUUCAGAUAUUUUGUGGUGGACAGCUCAGUAAUCAUGGCUAUACUAGAGCAACCGCUGGGACCUGAAGAGGCAUCAUGUCCUUCACUCGCAAUUCUGAUCAGAGGAGCAUCAGGACGUCACACCUGGACUCUGCAGCUCCACCUGCAGCCCAGAGAGGGUCGAGCACACACACAGGAAGUCCUGAUCCCAGAACACCACGGCGUAGACCAGAAGGAUAUCAGGACACGAUGUGUCAUCAGAAAUCAGCUGUUUCCUGAAAAUCUCGACAGAGUUCCUCCAGUCAAAGCAGAUCUGAGUAUUCCAGCGCUACAGGAGACCCUACCUGAACAGAUGCAGCAGCAGGUGGAGCGUCUGCAUGCAGUGUUUAAGAGACAGCAACAGGUGGAGUCCCAGCCACUGAUAAGCAGACAGUCGGUCGUCAUGACAAACUGCAGGCCGCCGCCCCCUGUCACCACCUUCCAGACAGCAAGACUCUUUCUGUCCCACCUGGGCCUGCUGACACCUGAGACCCUGAAGGAUCCAGGUACAAGUAGCGUCCCGGCUCAGCUGGUGUCUCUGGACUCGUCUCUUCCAGGUUUCUCGGAGGAUAUGAGACGUUUGGACGAGCUGUCGUCCAGAUACUGUUACUCUGCCCUUGUCUUCUAUGUGAGAGCAGGACAGAGGACAGCUGCUGAGAUCCUGAGGAACGUGGAAUCCAACCGCAGUGUCUCAUCUCACUUCCUGGACUUCAUUUCGUCUCUUGGUCAUCCGGUAGAGGUGGGACGACAACCAGUGGGAGGAGUCAGAACCAGUUUAGAAUUCUCUGCUGUGCUGGGUGACAGCGGAGGGGGUGUGUUCAAUGGAGAGAGGUUUGUCCUGAUGUACACCGACGCCCUGACAGAGAUCACCUUCAUUGUCCCAUCAUCGUCCUCACACAGUCAGUACAUCCAUAUAUGGACAAGCGUGAUCACAGGUUCUGUGGUCGGACCAGUUCCAUUCAGCUAUUUCACUGCUGAUUGGCUGAAGAGUCCAGAUGAGGCGGAGCCUCUGACUGAGCCACCAUCCAACCUGAAGAGUGAUACUGAGCUCAGCCGAGACCCCCAGCCCACAAAUUCUCCAGUUGAUUUUGUGUCGUCAUUCGUCAGCUCUGAAUCAAAGCUCCUGAUCAUCUGGGUUGAAUGCUUUGAGGACGUCGAGAGUUUCCCUCUGUCUGAUCUGUUGUCAGAGUCCAAGACACCAAGACCACCAAGUGCGUCAAACCUCCAGCUGAUCUUCAUCCAUCCUCUAAAAACUGGACUCUACCGGGUCCAUUUCCAUGGAAAUGCCAACAGCAAGUUUGGUUUGGUUGUCCCAUUGGUCAACGGGAGCGUGGUCAGCAAGAGGUCUUUGGGGAUCCUCAUUAGAGAGACUGUGAUCAACUGUUGCCACCGGCGACGGUUGGAGACUGACUCCGCCCCUCCGCCCCAUGUCAAAAGGAAGCACAUGAUCAGUGACAUCAUCCAUCGCUACCGCAGCCUCCAUUCUGGACCCACCUUCUACUCCGCCCUGUUCCAGGACCCCUGACCCGCCCCCUUCCGCUUUAAAUCAGCCAAUCAGAAUCAACAGUUAUUCCAGUCUGCUUCACAAAUUAGGAGUUACAAGGUUAUCUGAUGAUGUCACCUUACUGAUGAUGUCACCUGAGUGAUGAUGUCACCUGAGUGAUGAUGUCACCUGCAGGUAUAAUAAAUGGUGUGUCCAAACCUCUGU